UUAGCGCAACUAGCUUCUUUGUGCGCUUUGCUGCACGGGCGGGACGGGAUCUUCCUUCGGGAUGUUCGACGGGGGAAAGCAGAUCACCGGACGCCCCCACAGCACUUGUGUUAGCUUGAAUUAUUAUGUUCUAUUUCAUCCAUCCAUCUUUCAAAAAAAAAAAAACAAUAGCGUUUGUCCUUGCGAGGGACGCGUGUGACUUUGGGCGCGAGGCGGGAGACACCCCGGGCCGGUCGCCAGCCAACUGCAGUUAUUUUGUACUUUCACCUCAUGCCCCGCCUCCGCAAUGUGAAGCUGCUCUCCUCUCCCUCGCGCAGUGAUGCAACGUGCUCCUCUCCUGUGACGAGACGAUGGAUGAUUUGGAAAAGUAAACAACAGCCGCUGUCUUCUUUUUGUUGUUUGUUUGUACCAACAAGGACAUUUGGAGGCAGAACCGCGGAAACGCCACUGGCGACACAACACGACACGCGACGACCCUGACAAACCGGCGAACGUGACCGGUGCGAUUUAAGAGACGCGCGAUCGAACGCGCGACAUGGACCGGGUCGACGACGGGCGGGACCCUCCCGCGGCCGCGAACCUCAGUUACCACGGCGACGAUGACGACGGCUACGACGACUCCGCGGCAGACGCGGCGGCCCCUUGGUCGGAAGGGGCCGCCUUCCCCGAAGACCCCACCCGACUGCCCGGCGUGCAGGUCGUGCUGAUCGCGGCCUACAGCGCCAUUAUCCUGCUGGGGCUCGUGGGGAAUUCUCUGGUCAUCUACGUCGUCUAUCGCUUCAAGUCGCUGCGCACCGUCACCAACUUCUUCAUCGCCAACUUGGCAGUCGCCGACCUGCUGGUGAACGCGCUGUGUCUGCCGUUCACGCUGGUCUACACGCUUCAGGGCGAGUGGCGGUUCGGCGGUGCCCUCUGCUUCCUGGUGCCCUUCGCCCAGGGCCUCGCCGUUCACGUUUCUACUCUGACCCUCAACGUCAUCGCGCUGGAUCGCCACAGGUGCAUCGUUCACCACCUGGAGACCAGGAUGCGGAAGGACACGUGCUUCGGGGUCAUAGCGCUCACGUGGCUGCUGAGCGCCGCGCUCGCCAGCCCCCUCGCCAUCUUCCGAGAGUACGGAUCCUUCACGCUGGGACCGGGACACAGCAUCCAGGUGUGCACAGAGCAGUGGCCCGGGUCCGGCACGGACGGGACGGUCUACAGUGUCGCCAUGCUGGUGCUGCAGUACUUCCUUCCGCUUGCCAUUAUUUCCUUCGCCUACGCCCGCAUCUGGUCCAAGCUGCGAGGUCACGUCGGCCCGGCAGAGGGCGGGAGCGACGGAGCGUCCGCGGGGUCCGAGCGCCGCCGCCGCCGCCGCAAGACCACCAAAAUGCUGGUGACCAUGGUGGUGGUGUUCGCCGUCAGUUGGCUCCCCUACCACGCCUUCCAGCUCGCCACCGACAUCGACGGCAGCGUGCCGGACAUGCCGCACUUCCGCCUGCUCUACACCCUUUUCCACGUGGUGGCCAUGUGCUCCACCUUUGCCAACCCGCUGCUCUACGGAUGGAUGAACCGCAACUACCGCGCUGCCUUCCUCGCCGCCUUCAAGUUCAGGGGCAGAGGGGGGCGGCGUGGGCGCAAAGACGCAGGAGGCGGAGGGAGGACGAAGAUGGCAGAGGGGAGGCGGGGAGUUGCCUCCACCUGCCUCAACGCUACUGACGUGUGAACAGAAGCUUUCCACAUCCAUCCCUUGAUUUUCUUUAUGGGGAAGCUACGGCCUAUUAGGGCGGACUUUGACCCAGAGGCUGAGUGCGUCCUGGACUCGUCGCCGGCCAAUCACAAGGCACAUAUAAACAAACUCACAUUUGCACCUUUGGACCAUUUAGAGUAACUCACAUCCGUGUUUUUGGAAGGUGGGGAAGUCCCUGGUGGAGCCAAGAAGAAACCCUGAACCUCAGAAGUGUGAUGCAGAUGUCCAUCCAUCCAGUUUCUCCUCACUAGGGUGGCGGGCGUGCCGGAGGCCAUCCCAGCUAUCAUCGGGCAGGAGGCGGGGGGUGCCAGCCGAUCGCAGUGAUGCAGAUGU